AUGAGGAAAGAGAUGGACGAACUAAGGAGCGCCAUCAAAGAGAAAACGGACCGGAGUGUGGACAAAAUGGUAAGGGCUACGGAUUCACCCUUCACCGCAGCGGUGCUUGAGUGCCCCGUACUGUCAAAAUUCUGUUUACCUCAACUAGAGCCAUUCGACGGACUCAAGGACCCUCAGGAUCAUCUUAAUACCUUUAAGACGACUCUGCGUCUUCAACAACCGUCUGACGAGAUACUGUGUCGCUCCUUCCCAACCACUCUCAAAGGAGCUGCAAGAGAAUGGUUCACGAAGUUGCGGACCUCGUCCAUAGACAACUUCGAGCAAUUAAGCAGUGCCUUCUUACGCCAUUUCAUAGGGGGACAAUGUCCAAAAAGGCCGGUAGACUACUUACUUACCGUAAAGCAGGGAGAGAAGGAAACUCUGAGGUCAUAUGUCAAACAAUUCACCCGGGAGACUUUGGAGGUGGACGAAGCCGAUGACAAGGUGCAGCUGACGACCUUCAAAGCAGGGCUGAGGUCUAGAGAUCUUGUGGCCUCCCUCGCUAAGAAUCCACCAAAGACGAUGGCAGAAAUGCUCCUGAAGGCACAGAAAUACAUGAAUGCUAAAGACGCUUUAGCGGCCAUAAAGGAUACCGAGAAGCCAGGCGACAAGGCAAGGAGGGAAGACGAUCGUAGGGGGCAGAAGAGAGAUCGACCAGAUCGUCAGAACAACGACGGGAAUAAGAGGAAAGAUGAUAAAAAUCCUCGGACGGUAAGAUUUACUCCUCUGGUCAUGCCUGUUGACAAGAUUUUCACGCAGAUCAAGGACGAGCAUUAUCUCAAAUGGCCCAGACCAUUGCACUCAUCCCCUAAUGUCCGCGACAAGAACAAGUACUGCCAGUUCCACAAGGAUCACGGCCACAACACCGAAGAUUGCAGGGACUUGAAGGAGCAGAUAGAGGAGUUAAUACGGAAAGGGAAGUUAUAG